AUGGAACCCAAUCUCUCGCCUGCAUACUUUAUAGACUAUGCAGAUCAGAACCAGAGUGGUCUUUUCUCUGUUCUCCCUCCGGAGAUCCGCUCGGAGAUAUUUGCAUUCGCCCUGGCCAGUGCCCCCGACACCACACAACCUAUCGGCCAGGAUGAGUAUUGUACAAGACCGGGGUAUGAAACCCGUCAUUUUUGCUGGACACAACUUCUUCGAACCUGCAAACGAGUUUACAUGGAGGCUUGGUUCAUGCCGUUCAUCUGGUCGGAGCAUACCUUCUACAUGGCCCGGGCGGAGCGUUCGCCUCGCCGAACGAUGUCUGUCGAAAAGAUGCAAGAAUGUCUUGACUUGAUCCAUCGUCGACAUGGAGAGGUGCACGGCGGACAUGUUCGACUAUUCGCACAGCUUUUCAUGCUCGAAAACUCACGUACCUUCAUGGGGCUCUUCACCAUGCAUCACUUUCAUCCCACAUCCGUCACCAUCACUUUACGCUACACUGAUACCUGGGAGUGGGAAGGAAACCGAGCUCUUCAUAUCUCAGGCAAAUGGUGUAAAUGGAUGGUACUGCCGGAGAGUGUGACGAGCUUUAAAAUGGACAUCGAAAGCAUCGAGCGACGCAAAGAGGAGGUGGACUACAUCGCAAACGAAGCCGCGGAAAAAUGGCACUUCAAGCGUACCGAUGGUACUAAUCUACUUGCUCAGCCAUCUGACAUUUCUAUCUCCCAGUGGACGGGCAGUUCCAUCCUGGGCAGCAGGCGAUGGGUGCGAGAUGAAGUGCGGCCUGGGCAGCUCGACUACUAUGUUGCGACAGUAACCUGGCGGCCUUCACGGGGGUCCAUAGGUGCUCGCCCAGAGAGGACCCCGGACCUUACGGUCAAAUGGACUCGACCUUUGCCUCGCAAUCUGGGAUAUGAUUGUCUCCCAGAAGAUACAUUGCAGAGACUUAACAUCUCCAUGGACACCCCCGCUGAGGAGGCAGUGACGCAAUUUGCUACUUUGACUGUCACGGAGAGGUCAUUGGUUCUCAUGUGA